AUGGCGACGUCUGCCCCUGCAGGCCAGCAGCCGACUGAGCCCCCGAUAGUCGCCAAUCGCCUGCCCAACGGCGUCAAUGGCUCAUCAUCAUCCUCUUCCUCCUCCUCCGCCAACAUCAACAUCAACAUCAACGGCCACCGCCCACACACUCCGAGCCUGAGCGGUCUGUCCUUGACCGAAUACAGCGCCAAUCCCUCGCCUCCGUCCGAAGACAAGCGCAUCCGCAUCAAGAAGACGGUUCCCGACGAGUUCCUUCUGCCCACUGGCUAUCCCGAUUACCUCCGCCUCAUCCUGACCUCGCGGGUCUACGAAGUCUGCAAGGAAACCUCGUUAAAUCAGGCCGUCAAUCUCAGCAACCGCCUCGAGUGCAAUGUCCUCCUCAAGCGUGAGGAUGAGCAGCCCGUCUUCAGCUUCAAGCUGCGCGGCGCCUACAACAAGAUGGCCCAUCUCGACCAGGCCCAGUCGUGGAAGGGCGUCGUCUGCUGCAGCGCCGGCAACCAUGCCCAAGGUGUUGCCUACUCCGCCCGCAAGCUCAAAAUCCCCGCCACCAUCGUCAUGCCCGAGGGCACCCCGAGCAUCAAGCAUCUGAACGUCUCGCGCAUGGGCGGCCAUGUCGUCCUCCACGGUCCCGAUUUCGACGCUGCCAAGGAAGAGUGCGCCAGGCGAGAGCAGCACGAUGGUCUCAUCAACAUCCCCCCCUUUGACGAUCCCUAUGUCAUCGCUGGCCAGGGCACCAUUGGUAUGGAGCUGCUGCGCCAGACUAACAUCCAGAAGCUCGACGCAAUAUUCUGCUGUGUGGGGGGCGGCGGCCUGAUCGCCGGCAUAGGGGUGUACGUGAAGCGCAUUGCGCCGCACGUCAAGAUUAUCGGCGUAGAGACAUAUGAUGCCAAUGCCAUGGUACAAUCACUCGCCAAGGGAGAGCGAGUGGUGCUGAAGGAAGUCGGCUUGUUUGCAGAUGGGGCCGCCGUAAAGACGGUCGGUGAGGAGACAUUCCGCAUAUGUCAGGAGGUGGUUGAUGAGGUCAUCCAAGUGACCACCGACGAGGCCUGCGCUGCCAUCAAGGAUAUAUUCGAAGAUACUCGCUCCAUCGUCGAGCCUGCUGGAGCUCUGGCUGUUGCUGGGCUGAAGAAAUGGGUCACCACUCACCCGUCGAGCGACCCGCGGAGGACCUUGGUGGCUAUCACCAGCGGUGCAAACAUGAACUUUGACCGGCUACGCUUCGUUGCAGAGCGCGCCGAGGUGGGUGCGGGCAAGGAAGUCCUCCUAGCAGCCCACAUCCCAGAACGCCCCGGCUCCUUUGCUGAGCUUAUCAAUGCGAUCAUGCCGCACUCCGUCACAGAGUUCAGUUAUCGCUAUGCAAACAACACCGGGGCCAAUGUGCUCCUAGGUCUCAGCCUCACGGCACCCGCCUCUCAGCGCUCACAUGAGCUGCAGGGCUUGCUGCAUCGCAUCGAGUCACUCUCGAGUGAGGAAGGUGGCCGAUUCUCCGUCACCGACCUUUCAGGCGACGAGCUUGCCAAGAGUCACAUUCGCUACCUUGUGGGCGGUAUCUCAAAUGUGCCCAACGAGAGGGUGUACAUGUUCAACUUCCCCGAAAGGCCCGGCGCACUAGACAAGUUCCUUGCGACUCUGCGGCCAAAAUAUAACAUUAGUCUUUUCCAGUACCGCAAUGCUGGCGGAGAUAUCGCCAAGAUCCUAGCCGGUAUCCUUUGUCCAGACAACGAAGUUGAGGAUCUCGAGAAGUACCUAAAGGAGAUCGGCUACCCCUGGGUUGACUGCACGCAAUCAGAGGUUUUCAGAACUUUCUUGAGAAACUAG